AUGCCUCCGAAGCAGGCGUCAAAGGCCAAGCCUCCCGGGGAUUCGGGUAGUAAAGCGGCUUCAGUGAAUAAGCCGAAGUCGAAGUCAGGUCCCGAGACCUCUAAAAAUUCAGACCAGCCAAAGUCUAAUAAGAGAAAGGACCCUCCGCAGCAUGAUGCAGGAUUCAAGAAUCAAGGGAAGGGCUCUGAUCAUAAGACCCGAGAUACAAAGCGUGCAAAGACCCAUGAGGUUAGGAGCAUUGCCGCUCAGAAAUCUCAUGCUGCCUUGAAUGAUGGUGAGCUCAACGUUCAGUCCUUCGUCGGCUCUCUUUCCUUCGAGAUCAAUGCUUUAGAUGAGAGUAUGAGACGUACGAGGACGUCUCAAACCAGCCGAGCAUUUCAGCGUGUGCCCUUCAGGAUGAGACGUAGGGCUGCAGCCCAUAACUAUAAGAAAGUACCGAAACGACUACGGAAGAGGGCCAAGAGAGAGAUGGUAGAGGAUAAUACACCAACAGUCAGCUCUAAGACUAGAAAGCCAAAGACCACCAGAGCGAGGUUACGAGCUGAGAUUUCCCGGAAGUUAGAUCUUCUCUCAAGACGAAAGAAGCUGCGAAAACUAAAGAGUUCUGGCGCUGAUGAUGAAACCAUCUCAAUAAGGGCUGCUAGACCUAAAAUAAAAAGAAAUGCGCUCAACGAACCUAUUAUUGCCGCUAGAAAAUUUAGGAAGCGCCAGCUCUCAAAAACCUGGCUUCCUACUCACUUAUGGCACGCAAAGCGAGCGAGGAUGACACCUCCUGCACAACCCCUGUGGAGGUUUGCAAUCCCCCUUACCCCAUCACAAAAAGUCUACCGACCAACUCACCGCAUUCAAUGGGAAAAGGGUGCAAUGGCUUGGGAUAUGAGCUAUAUGAGCACGAUUGGCUUAUCUGGACCUCGAAAUAGCGUCCAGAAUGUUCUCAAGUCGUUGGGUCUUACGCAGGAAGCACUGUGGAACGACAAGGCAAGGCGCUGGAGGUCAGGUAAUAUGCACUGGUCCGGAAUGUUAACCAGGAAAAGCCCAGACGGCAUACACGUUAUAGGUCCAGCGACUAUAAUCUGGAAUCCAGAAAAGCAAGUUGAAGGCGAAGAGCAACGUAAACAAUUUAGACAACUUUUCAUCCGUGUUCACCCAUCUGCAUUCUUAGAGACUUUCAACGAGCUACUACGACUCGCAAAGAUGCAGAACCCCCGGCCUUAUAUAGAAGACCUUAGAUUUGAAAUCGGGAGCAUUGAUAUCAUAGGCCCCGACUCGACUGAAGCUCUGCUCGGGGUGCUUCGGCCAUACUUACAAAAAUCUAAUUCAAAAGAAUCGCACGCUUUAAAGUUCGAGUCGCUCGUCGGGUUGAAAGAUCCCGGUGCUUUACCCCUUGGAUCUCUCCUAGCUUUCUCAAUCGUAGACCCUCGUCUUCGUUACCCUCCACGACAGGUAGCUCUUCCAGGGAACGACCAGAACGCACAAUUGGCACUUCUAGACGCCAUAUCGGCGCUCCCCAAAGACGAUGCUACCAAGCCCCAUCAGCUGUUCGAUAGGGAUACUCGAUUCAAGGCAUCGAGACUUCCAUCUCAGCGGUCCCUAAAUCGUCGACGAGGCAAUAACGCACCAGGAACCGUACUCGAGCCAACCAUGGUUGAUCCCCCUAUCCCUACAAUAUUACUUGCUACCCGUCAUUCCGUAGGUUCACAAUCAUCCGGUACUUGGACGUUAAUGCUACCAUACAAAUGCGUUCUUCCGAUAUGGUACAGCCUGAUGCAUUACCCCUUGUCGACUGGUGGCAACCCUUGGUUUGGAGGUUUGGACGAGAUUAGACAUGUUACGUUCGAGAGAGGCCUUCCUUGGUUCCCUGGUGACUUGUCCGGCACGGAGGCAGGUAAAGCUUGGGAAUUAGAAGAACGAAAAGAGAGACACAAAGCAUGGGACCGCAUGCCCAAAGGAAAGAGGGUCAACUGGGAAUCACUUGACCUAGGAGCAGGGCGGAAAGGCGAAGUUGGAGUAGGGUGGAAUUGCGACUACGAAUUACUUCUAGAUCUCAAGGGGGCGGGUGACAAGGUGGAUGACCCUGAUGAGAUGGUGGUAGAUGGAAAAGAUGGAGCAGAAGAGCCAGAAGCAAGUUCUCAAGAUGAGAACCAAGCAGCACUCGUAAAUCCCUUAAAAAGUGUCACGCAACUUUCAAAGUCUGCCUUUGUUACUUACCAAUCAUCAACAUCUGAGCUUCCUCCUCCAAAAUCAUUAGUAACGGCGAACGUUAAGAUGUUGGCGCGUGGGGUAGCCACCACGUGUGCCAGGAUCUAUCGACUACCUGAUGUAAAGCCAACAGCUGUCUCUUCGCAGGCCGAAGUACCAGCUACCGACCCUCCUCAUACUAAGGCUGAGGGCAGACUACCGCUCAACAUACGUAACCAAUGGUUAGCGCAAAAGCCACCCGGAAAUAACAAGCCCAAGAAAGUCAUCACCAAGGCAGAUUUGGAUUUAGAGACGCGGCAGCAACUGCUCGCUCAGCAACUCAUCGGCCCUCCAGCGACAUUCCCGCCGCCAGCUCCCAACUUUGAGAGCAUCAACGGCCAUCCACUAUGUCCCAAUGAAGAAGAUUUGAUUGGGUUCGUAACAACUGGAAGUUUUAACCUUAGGGACGGAAUAGGCGACGCUAUAGGUAGCUUGUCAUCUACGAAGGCUCUCGAGGAGCUGCGACGAUAUAAGAAUCAGAAGGAUACUGCCGCAAGGCUCUGCAUUGUCAGGAACGCAGGUCAGAAUGUCGGUUGGCUUGCAAGGUGGGAGUUAAUAUAG